UAUUCAGAGGUCCUCAAAAGUGGUAUCAUUUAAAAAUGUUAAGAUUUUGUUAUUAUUAUAAAUAAAUAAACAAUUCUUAUUUUCAUUUUUUGUGUGUAUGUCUAUUUUUACGUAAAUGUGAAAGAUGACCGACUUUUAACGCAACAUUUGAAUACAAAAUGGCCGUAUGGGAAAAGUUCAAAAUUGGAUUUUGCUUUCUUCUAAUAGUCGUAACGAUCUGCACCACCUUCAAUGCCGUCGUUGGACUGAUGAUAUUUUUAUCUGACCCACAUUACAAACUUCACACUUGGAAUAAAGACUGGGUUAAAACAUCAUGGUCCCUUUUUAUCAACCAGCUAUUACUCGUCAUGUUCAUCGUACAGCAUUCCCUGCUCGCUUUACCCACCGUUAAGAAUCGCAUGCUUUCGUCAAAUCUUAAAGUUUUUCAACGUUGCAUUUAUAUCAUUCUGACGUCUGUGUCCUUACAGAUUCUAUUGAAGUACUGGCAUCCCAUUCCCGAAGUAGUUUUGUGGAGUAUUAAUACGAAUGUACGAUUUUAUUGGUGGUCCUUCCUGCUGUUGCAUACGUUUGCUUGGAUUUUAAUUUAUAUUGGGACAAUUUGUUUGGAUGUAAACGAAUUGCUCGGUAUAAAACAGGUGUAUUAUAAUAUACGUCAAUUACCCGAUCCCAGCGAGUAUAAGUCGCCAGAUUUAAAAAGAUUAUAUUUACACAUGAGACACCCCAGCUUCAUCGGAUUUGUCGUCAUACUUUGGUUUAUACCGUUUAUGAGCUUAGAUCGUUUCGUAUUGGCACUGAUUUUAAGUGCUUACAUGUAUUUGGGUUGGAAUACAGAUAGUGCGGAUCACAAGUACCAAGAAUUACAAAGCCGUCGUAAAUUUUACGAAUUGAAUUAUUUAAAAUAAUUUUAUAGACUUAACAACAAUAACAUUAAUUUGAUAACUUG